ACAGCCCUGCUCCCUCCCUCCUCAUCAGCAGCCACUGCUGCAAUCUUCCUUCUGCUGGUUGCUUUUUCAGUGUCUCUCUCAGUACCAAGCUAGCUUCUUGUGUCGUAGCAGUACUUCUUGCAAUUGCAAGUUGCGAGAAAUAAUGGCGACGGCAGUGAGGUGCUUGCUGAUGACGGUCGCCGUGGUGCUGGCUCCCCUCCUCGCCGGCGGCGGCGUGGCUGCCGGCGGGCCGCUGUCGACGAGCUUCUACAGCAAGAGGUGCCCGAGCGUGCAGGGCAUCGUGCGGGCGGGGAUGGCGUCGGCCGUGGCGGCGGAGCGGCGCAUGGGCGCGUCCAUCCUCCGCAUGUUCUUCCACGACUGCUUCGUAAAUGGCUGCGACGCGUCCAUCCUGCUCGACGACACGCCGACCUUCACCGGCGAGAAGAACGCCGGGCCCAACGCCAACUCCGUGCGCGGCUACGAGGUCGUCGACGCCAUCAAGGCCCAGGUCGAGGCGGCCUGCAACGCCACCGUCUCCUGCGCCGACAUCCUCGCCCUCGCCGCCCGCGACGCCGUCAACCUCCUCGGCGGGCCGACGUGGACGGUGUACCUCGGCCGCCGCGACGCGCUGACGGCGAGCCAGAGCGACGCCAACGCCAACCUCCCCGGCCCGGGCUCCAGCCUCGCCACGCUCGUCUCCAUGUUCGGCGGCAAGGGCCUGUCGCCGCGGGACAUGACGGCGCUCUCCGGCGCGCACACCGUCGGGCAGGCCCGGUGCGCCACGUUCCGCGACCGCAUCUACACGGAAAGCAACAUCAACGCCACCUUCGCGGCGCUCCGGCAGCAGACGUGCCCGCAGCAGGCCGGCGGCGGCGGCGACGGCAACCUGGCGCCCAUCGACGCGCAGACCCCCGAGGCGUUCGACAACGCCUACUACCGGAACCUGAUGAGCGGGCAGGGGCUGUUCCACUCGGACCAGGAGCUCUUCAACGGCGGGUCGCAGGACGCGCUGGUGCGGAAGUACGGCGGCAACGCCGGGAUGUUCGCCGCCGACUUCGCCAAGGCGAUGGUGAGGAUGGGCGCCAUCAGCCCGCUCACGGGGGCGCAGGGGGAGGUCAGGCUCAACUGCAGGAAGGUCAACUAGCGUCAACUGCUGGAGGAUGCAUGGAUCAUCAACAAAGACAAGAACAGUUGUGUGUGUUGCAGUACAAGUUGGUCCAACUCGGUCGAUUGGUCGGGUUCUGAGUAGCGAGCAGCCAAAAUGGCUGUUUGGUAGGCUUGUUUGUGCAAUUGUUUCUGAUCACCCUUGCUUGCUACGUGGCAGGAAUAAUCCUGCAUACAGUUCUUUAUUGUUGGGAAAUGUAAUUUCUACAUGUGAAGUACGUAAGUGCUUUAUCUAUGAAUCAAGAAUCUUUUUCUUUC